CAGAUUAAAGAAAAAACCUGAAUAAACAAGCAGUCUCUUCCAGGGGUCACUGAAUGGUUUGAUGAACAUGAAAAUUAUGUGAACCUUAUGUCAUGACUUUUGCGGUCACCAGAUCUCACCUUACUAAGAUAUUGGAUGUUGUUUUUCCUUUAAUGUGGCACUUUUCUAUAAAUUCUCUUUAGCAUACGAGAACCUGUGCUGUAGGUGCCACAAACAUUAAUCAUAAAUAAAUACAGGCUGGUUAGUUUCCCAAAUGAUGGAAAGUGAGAUUUCACAAAUGUUUAUUUUAGAGUCCAGGAAUUUCCCCCACCCCGUUUUUUAUGGAGCAGAAAUUUCUAGUGUGUGUCUCUCAUCCAAUAUAAAUACCUCUGACUCCAAAGUGCACAACACACUCAAAAGCUCAAGAGGAGAGAUUCUACCCACUACUGCAGAAGAUGAAUAUUAUCAGCAUGUGGUUUUCAUUGACUGUGCUGCUGCUGGCUACUUGGACCUGUCUGGCACAUGUGUCUCCCAGCAAAGAAAGGGUGAAACACUUUGCAUCAGAUUCUAGGUUAACAUCACUCCGCUUUAGGCGAAUGGUCGGGGGAGCUCUGGCCCCUCAUGUCCCUUGGCAAGCCAUGGUCUACAUCGCUGACAGUAUACUGGAUGGAGGUUAUGCAGGUGGUGCUCUCAUCUCCGAUCGCUGGGUUUUGACAGCUGGAAGAAAUGUUUUUGUCAGGAAGAGUCGAGAGGACAUUCAGGGAAAAGAUCCCAUCAUCCCUAAAGUAUACCUUGGAAUCUCAAGAAGGGCAGAAGCUGAUGCCUCCAAAGAGGUUGCGGUACAAAAGGUUGUUCUCCAUCCACGCUUCCAGAACCAGUCUGACUGGGACAACGAUCUGGCUCUGAUCCAGCUGAAAGAGCCUGUGGUUAUGAGUGAUACGGUGACCCCCAUCCCCCUGCCUGAGAGAGGCCAGGACCUGGUCAAUACUGUGGGGGGGUUAGGGGUCAUCACCGGCUGGGGCUGGGGGGUCAGCCUUAACUCUUCUCAACUACUCAAAUACCUCAUACUCCACCAGGCCAAUCAGUCUGACUGUAAGAGAGAAUAUGAACAUAUUCCAUUCACACCAGAUGUAGACAACAACAUGUUCUGUACCCAAAGCACACAGUAUGAGGAAAAUGUUUGUUUUGGUGAUGCAGGAGGUGCUCUGGUUGUCACAGAUGCUGAAACUAGGGACAUUUACGCUGCAGGGAUCCUUUCCUAUGACAAGGCCUGCCGCAGGUACAAGUAUGGAGUGUAUAUGAAAAUUUCCUCAUAUUUACCCUGGAUCCACUCUGUCAUCAGGGGAGAUACUGAGAGAUCAUCUGUUGUGCGCUCUAAUGCAAUGUCUGGAAUGUUUUCAUGGCAUAAGUAGAGCUUCGGGUGCUGUUCCUUUGAUUUUAUAGAGUAAUCAUUGUAGUAUAUUGAGUCAGUGAAUUUUACAUAAAUUGGGUCAUUAGUUAUUUCAGCAGUUAGCCAAAAACAACAUAGUGGUCAUAGGAAUAAUCACUGUUGUCUGUCAAGAAUAAAAGAGCACAUUCUGUGACACUGUAAAUCCAACUAAGACUGUCUUCCUGUUAAAAAAUAAAUAAAUA